GAUAUCAUAGAUAUAUACAAAUCUCUCUCCGAGUCUCUCUAUAAAUAUAUAUAAUUAUAUAAAAUCUAUAGCACUUGAUAAGAACACAAAAUACCCGAUAGAUGGCGCUGUGUACAUCCGAUUUCCCAUGCGAAUAAUCCGUGUUAUGAAAGUGUUGGAGCUUGUUUUCCAUAGAUUUUUGUCUGUUUGUGAGUGAAUUACGUAGUUUUUGCGAUGUAUUUGUAAUUUCUUUCGGGAUUCUCAAUAAGACUAAACAACGUGGUCAAAACUUGGGGCAAAAGUGAAACUAUGCAUAUGAUCUAAAUCUGUUCCUGACCUGGUCGGAGUGGUCCGUGUGUGACUCACUCAAGAGUCCAGUUUAGUCACACAGAGGCAGACACAGUCACAGACACAGCAAAGCUAACACAACAGAUACAAUGGCUGAUGACAGUUGGGUGGAGUGCUAUAGACUACAACAUGAAAGCAGUGAAACGUGGGCGAAGAAACGGCACUUUCUGCUCGCAUACUGUAAUCGAUUCGAAGAGGAUCGCUUGCUCUGCCUUGCACAAGCAUACGUCAACAUUGUGGAACUGGGUUGUAGCUAUCCAAAGACGUUGAUGGAUGAGGUUGGCUCAUUGGCAGCUGACAUUGGUGAACCUUUGAAGUAUAGAGGCAAGACAAUAGCCUUUGUGAGAGCAGAAGAUGGCAGCACCUCGGAGUCGAGUCAGCAAAUGUCGGAGGCAAAACAGCGCACACUCAGGCAGCCACUCACAGUCACGAUUAAAUCCGUGUACGGUGAAAAGACCUUUGUCACUGGCCGGUCCACCGUUCAGGGGUCUCUCGGCAAGAGAGCCAUCCAUGAAGAUUUUUCACCAGGUUACAGUGCCACGGAUGCCAUGGCAGCGCAAGGACUUAGUGCAGUCAAACAAGAGCAAGACGAUAUGAGAUUCUUUCCCAAGAAAAUAAAAUGUGAAAAGAACGAUCUAAUGUUUUCCCCUGAGAUCUUGAAAGAGGCGAGAGAGAUAAAGCCCCACCCUCCUCAGAAGUUGGGACUGAAGAGCCAAAGCAAUAAUGGCUAUCCCAAGAAGUUAAUGAAGGAGGUUGGCACACUGUCAUCUGACCUUAGUGAAUCGUUACCUAACGAACCCCCAGCCUGGAGGAACCGCGACCCGAAUGAACAGCAGACGUGGAUGAACUGCGAACUGCCGAACCUUCGUCGGGUCGCCAAGGUGCUCGCGAUCAUGAGCACACAGGAUCAGUUCGCGUGCGAGCGCAUCGAAGUGGCCUGCUCGAAGCUGCGGAUCCUUCACAAGGUCGUCUAUUCCAAGGUUGAUCGUUUGCCAAAGAAUCCUCUGUGGCGCGCAGACGUUUAUCUCGAUGGUGUUCGUCUCGCGAGCUCUGACGCCGAGAAGAACAAGAACACAGCGAAACACAAGGCGUAUCAGGCUGCAGAGCUGCGACUGCGAGCGCUGCCACCCGAAGCAACGGUAGCAGCUGCACUCGACGGAAAAGGAAAAGUAAUAGUAGAACCUCCCAAACCGGUGGAAGUGGAAGCGAAAGUAGAGUCUUCCGAUGACACGGGCAAGACGCAUGUUUCCGAGAAAAUACAGAUACCUGGUCUGAUCAUCGUCCUAGAGCCUGAAUGCCUCGACGGCUCCAGCAACUAUGUAUCUACGCUGCAUAACUCUGUUACUGCAUGCCGCUUAAAGAUGAAUUGUGAUCAUGUGCUGCUGGUAGAGAAACGGUCAUGCAAUGAGCCGCUCCACAGGUGUCGGUUGAUAAUUGAAAACAAGGUCGUCUCUGAAGCUACCGGUCCAUCAAAGCCUGGAGCCAAGGAAGUCGCAUGCAAACUCGCCUUGGAUACACUCAGGAAAACACAUCCAGUCAUUAAGGUUCAUGAUGCAUCAAGUACUCCAAGUGUGUUUCUGUCAGAUAUGAAAGGCUCAGGGCAAAGUGAUCAGUUGGGGGCAAACAAUAUAGGCAUGAAGAUGUUACAGAAUAUGGGAUGGACUGGAGGAGGCAUUGGCAAAAAAGGAAGGGAAGGUAUCGAGGAGCCAAUAACAGUGAAUGACAUAUACCAGGGUCAUAUGGGGCUAGGCCAUGCGGGUUCCAGCACCAAAUCACUAGCAAAGGGAGUUAAUAAGCUGCUCGCUAAGUACAUGGACUCACACGAGGAGAACGAGCUUGUGUUUUCCUCAGAGCUCUCAAAAGAGGAGAGAGAGUUGGUUCACAAGACUGCUCAGAAGUUGGGACUGAAGAGCCAAAGCAGAAAUAAGGAUGGAAAUAGGUAUCUUAUUGUGAAGAGAAAACAACACCCCAGUGAGAUCCUGCACCACCUGCUGGCCAACGGAGGGCGCUACGGUCGCUAUGAGCUCGUCGCGCAAGCUAGCGAGGAGUCGGAGGCGGUGAAUUCUGAAGACGAGCUAGAACCAUUGUCAGAUGAUGACGUAGGUCAGCCAGCAUUUGGUUAUGUUCUAUGAUCACAGCAGCAGCAGCAGCUUUAGUAGUAGCAGAAGCAGCAGCAGCAGCAGCAGCAGUAGCAGCAGCAAUAGAAGUAGUAGCAGUAGCAGUAGCAACGGUAGCAGCAGGAAUAGUAGCAGUAGUAGCAGCAAGGGCUGGCUAUUAGAUAAGGAAGGCAGGGAGGACAGUAUAGAAUGAAGAAGCGUGGGGAAUGAGGAAAGUUUUAUAUACAGCCUUCCAGCGGUAUACAUCCGUGUCCUCGUCCAUUUGUUGCGUUUGUUUGUUUGUCUAUUUGUGUGUAUGUUUGGGUAAGAGUAUUUAUGUGUGCGAGCGCGUGCGCGCUUUAUAAAGAUAAUUAGAUGUCAUAAGAUUAAUAGAGUAAAUGUUGUUGCUCAUGAUUCCAUCAGUGAUAUGUUUAUUACAAAUUGAUGAGGUUUGUAAGCAUGUAAACAUGUAAGAACCAUGUUAAGGUAAGCAUGCUUUUUCGUUUACAUGAGAUUAGUCGAAAUAGGUCAGUGGUAAAUUUUGAAUUUGUAGAAAUUACGCUGUGAUCCGUAAGUUUUUAAAGAUAAGAUAAUCAUCUACAAUCUAAUUCUCAAAUCAAUAUAUGUAAAGGAAUUUACUAUAGGGACUGCCUGCGUACCCGCAUUCGCAACUGUAUGGAGUUUGUUCUGCAUAAUAACAGGAUAUGCAACGUAUGAUAUGGAGGAUUUAUAUGCAAAUAAAUAGGGACACAUUAAACAUUUACUAAGAAACUAAUGUAAAUAACUGAUGAAAUCUAUCUGUUCAUUCUGUUACUCCAGAUGUUGUGCAUAACUUUAGUGUGAAAACCUAAAGUGAAGUGAAUGCUAAUCAAAAUGUAAAAAUUAUGUUUCUAUUUAGGCAAAUAAUUCGCGUUUCAGUGCACUCAAUAACCAAGAUUACAUUCUCAUAGUCCAUAUCUCACGAUCCAAACGACUAAGGAACCAUGUGUGUCUGAUAUUAGAUCUCUAUAUCUGUGGGCACUUUGGCAGUGUGUUGGAAGAGGGAGGCAUUUUACAUGUAGGAAUUUUGUUUUCUAAAUGUGACUAAAGUGCAUUGCACUGCACACUCGCGUAUAGGUCUAUAUAGAUCUGUGUACGCGAAAAAAAUUCAGUCAUGAACUGUGUAAACAGAAUUGUAAAUAAUCGUCAAUCGUUAAAAUCCGUGGCUUGUGAAUUGCCCAGUAUGCUAGUACCAGUGUAAUAUUUUAUUUAUUUACGAGUUUGUUUUAUACUAGUUUGAUUUUUGUUGGUCUUCGUCAUUUCGAUUGUUUUCCGGUGAAUCCCGCGCGUGUUGUGCACGAGCUAGCGUCGUAGCAUGUGUCGGCCCAUCAUCGCCAUGGCUUCCUUGUCUGAGUGCAUCGCAGACAGUAGUAUUAAUAGCUACGCGGGUCGAAAUGUCAUGUCUCGUGCGCCAUGAUUGAUUGACGGUAGAGCCCUGGACAGUUGCCACACACAUUUCACUGUGGAUUUUUUGCGGGUUUCUUCUCAAUUUAUUACGCAGAAAAAAGGAAUCACAGUAUUUAAAUUGCUUUUUUAAAAACCUGUCGGUAAUGAAUUUUUAAAAAGAAUAUACAAGCGGUAAGAGUAAAUCGUUAUUUAUAGUUUCGUCAAACAACACGCUUACCGUCGUUAUGCUGCUUAUGAACUGUUAUUGAUUAACGGGAUAUAAAUCUAGCUGUAAUUUAAUGUAAUUUGUCAUUCCAGUAGCAUAAUGUACAUGUGUCUACCCCGCCACCGAUCACUUCUGAAUCAGCCUACAGUAAUACUCACACAUGAUCUAUAAUAAUGAUUAUUAUAUCAAAUAUAACUAAUAAUUUAUAUUACGCAAAAGCGGAAAAUGUGGAAACCCGGAAAAUAACGAAUAUACUAGCGGAAAUGAUUUUAAUA